CCAACUAGAAUUUGGUAAUUGAGUUUAGGACAUUAUUAGAUGAUGAUGGCCGGAGCAACCGCAAAAGUUCCGAUGGGUAGACGGAAUGUAGACACUUUCAUGAUUUUUGAAUUUUUGGAGGAAGGGGAAGAGCUGUCCGAAAGUUCGUGCAACUCCGGAUAUGAAUUUAAUGGUGACGAUUUUGUUGACGAGGAUGAAGAUGAGAAUGGUUGCAACGUUGAAGAAAAGAAGGUUUUUUGGGAAUCACAGCACGAGCUUCUACAGACGAAUUUACGUAGAUCUAGUUUGCUCGAGUCCCAUAUUAGGCAGGCCACCAAGGCUGCUUUACGGGAGGUAAAUACGGUGGGUGUCAGUUGUGUUUGUCGGAAACCGGUGGCUGACGGUUGCCGGAAUUGCCUGCUAAGAGAAAUCUCCGAUCGCCUUCAAAUUGCAGGUUACAAUUCUGCCAUUUGCGAGUCCAAGUGGAGGAGCUCACCGGACAUUCCAUCAGGGAAACACACAUAUAUGGAAGUCAUGGACAAGUCAAAUUCCAAGAAACGAGAGGUGAGAGUGGUGAUUGAGUUGAAUUUUCGAGCCGAGUUUGAAAUGGCGAGAGCUAGCGAAGAAUAUAACCAGUUAAUUAGCCGAUUACCGGAGGUAUACGUGGGUAAAGCUGAAAGACUUGAAAGGGUGAUCAAUGUGUUGUGUUCAGCAGCUAAAAAAUGCAUGAAGGAGAAAAAAAUGCAUAUGGCUCCAUGGAGGAAGCAAAAAUAUAUGCAAGCAAAAUGGCUCGGUACAUGUGAGAGAAAAAUGGCGCCAAUCCAACCGGUGCCACAAUUGGAACGACCUCUGAAACAGAAGACAUCGAUGCUAACCUUCGAUUUGCUCGAAAAUUUGCCGGGGUUGCACAGUACGGCGAUUCAAGUUGUGUGAUAGAUUAAUUGUACAGAGAUUAAUUGUGAAGAAUACUUUAGACAGUCGCGAUAUCUGUAGCACUGGUCGAGAGUUUUUUUGUUCGGUUACUAAUUUGUCCCCAAGAAUACUUUAGACAGUCACGAUAUCUGUAGCACUGUUCCAAAGUUUUGUUUCAUUAUUAAUGUUGUCCUUAUGAUUAAUAAUUAAUAGUUGUUUAUACUAAUAUUUAUACAUUUUGAGAGUUCAGCUA